ACCCUUCAAACUCUCCCACUCAACUCUCUCUUGUCAACUCACCUGUCUCUUGCUCAUACUCUACGGUUCUUCACCUUCCCAUUUCGAUCUAAUCCUUCUUCUGUAACCAAUCUCAGGGAAAGAUGCAAGCUGCGAUUCGUUCGUUUGUGUCCGGUGGAAACGUGGUGAAAGCCUCUCUGCUGCAACAUCUCCGUGUGAUUAACCCGGCGGUUCAGCCUUGUGUUGUGUUUGGUUCACGCUCCGAGUCAACGCAGUCUUCUCGUAUGGAGGAGCAUGGAUUCGAGAGCACAACCAUCUCUGACGUUAUGAACGCAAAAGGCAAAAGUGCUGAUGGAUCUUGGCUUUGGUGUACUACUGAUGACUCUGUUUAUGACGCUGUUAAAUCCAUGACACAACACAAUGUUGGUGCCUUAGUGGUUGUGAAACCUGGUGAGCAACAGUCUCUUGCUGGUAUCAUUACAGAGAGAGAUUAUUUGCGGAAGAUCAUAGUGCAAGGGAGAUCAUCCAAAUCAACAAAAGUUGGAGACAUUAUGACUGAAGAGAAUAAGCUUAUUACCGUGACACCUGAGACUAAAGUCUUGCGGGCUAUGCAGCUAAUGACAGAUAACCGGAUUAGGCACAUUCCAGUGAUAAAAGACAAGGGUAUGGUGGGAAUGGUGUCUAUAGGAGAUGUGGUCCGUGCAGUGGUGACUGAGCAUCGUGAGGAGCUUAACCGCUUAAACGCGUUUAUCCAAGGAGGUUACUAGAAACUUUUAAGAAAAAAGAGUUAACCAUCCGUGUGUGGUCCCCUGCUUGAAGCUUUUAAGAGCGAUGUAUAUAUGGAGAGUCGUUCUUCUCUGAUGUUUGUUGAAUUGUUGUUGUUUUCAUUGGUUCACUUUGACAAGACUUGGUUCUUGUGCUACUCUGCAAGAGAAUAAAACCCAAAGACUCUUUCUCUUUAUGGACUACUAUGAUGGCUGUUUUCGAUUUUUCUAAUAAAUUGUGAUUUAACCUUUGUUAUGGAGUUU